CCCACACCGUUCACGCCGCCUUCACGGAUGCCGCGUCUACCCAAUGAGCUCUGCGACCAAAUCCUUGCCAACCUGACCGAGUUGCGGUCACUUCGCAGUUGUGCACUGGUUUGUCGUGCUUGGGCAUCCACAGCCCAACGAAGCCUCUUCGCGACUCUCCGUAUUCACGAGAAGAAUGUAGCGCCUAUCUGCGAGCUCCUUGGAUCGACAGCUCCGCAUUUCGCGAACUACGUUCAGCACCUCUACAUACUCACUUAUGGGGACCUGAGAACCAACCUUGAAACACGCAUGUCCAAAGAUGCGCCGUUGCCCAUCAUCGAGCACCUAUUCCCAUACCUCUCACUCUUCGCCAACGUCAAGGAGCUUACGUUGGAUAGUUGUCGGCAAUUUGUUGAAUCAACUUGGGAUACUCACUGGACGAAUGUCAUUGCGAGUGCAUUCCCCUCGCUCCCAAAGCUCAACAUACUGUACUCCAAGUUUGAAGCUCUCGCAGACUUAGUGGACCUGGUCGCAGCUUUUCCGGUCCUCACAGCUCUGCGCGUGGACGACAUCGACAUCGAGGAAGCCAGUCACGAAUACAGCAACGAAGAGCAGGAGCCAUAUCGUGGCACGAAAACGCCCCCUGAGGGCUUAGAUAACAUAUCGUACUGCUCCGCUUCUCAAUUCGGAAGCGGCGGCGGGCCGUUCCUCCGCUGGCUCGCCGCCCAUCCCGGAAACUUCACGACCUUAUAUCUCGAUCUCGCUGCUGAAGCCGGCGAUGUGAAUGCUGGGGUCGAUCUCAUCACCGCCACAGGCGACAAGCUGCAUAACCUCACACUCGCAUUCGACGAUCAAUGGCAGCUGUGGGAAGACUUUGAGCUAUCGCCCAAUACGAGCCUUCAAAACUUCACUAUCCGACGGGCAAGUGACAUUGGCGAUUCUCUCCCGGAACUCAUCCAAACGAUUUCAUCUCCCCUGGAGACGUUGACACUGGGCAAUAUUGAAGAGAUUGAGCCAUCGAUGCAUUCUCUUAUCGCGGCUCUCAUGGCAAUGCCGUCGCUGACCAGAGUCACUUUCUACGUUGGCUAUACGGGCAAUGUUGCAGAGUGGAUCAAAAAUUUGACAGAAGACCACCCCGAGUUCAUGCAAAGCGGAAUCGUUAUUGUCGAUAACAAAGAACAACACGAAUGGUGA